UAGUGGUUCUGUUUAAGAUAGUACCUAUAGUGGUCACCGGUUGACGAUAAUGAUAAUAAUACCAUACCUACUACGAUAUUGUUCUAUGCUACGAUCGUCGAUCUCUAGCCGAAUUAUUGCCUGAAUUGAGAAUUCUACACUAGUACACUACCUACCUGUCUACCCGUUCUAUUCGUUAAUCAUUAUUCGAAUUUCGAGUUAAAUACUUGAAAUAAUAAAUCGCCUAUCGAAGGUCGAUCAAAAAUACGACUACCAAAGAACAAUACUAUACCUAGCAGAAAGUAAAAACUAAUUUUGUGUUUUUCAUAACUGACUAGUCGACACCGAUCCAUCAUGAACAAGUGCGGAAUACAUUCUAUAGUGCAUGUCACUGCACCAACAAUUGAAUCAGCAAAAAGUUUGGCUCGUGGUCUUAUAACGAAGGAUCUUGCAGCUUGUGUAAACUUGAUUCCUAAUGUUACAUCAAUUUAUAAAUGGAAGGGUGAAGUAAUCGAAGACUCUGAAAUACUGAUGGUUAUAAAAACACGAACUUCAAGAAUAGGAGAUUUGACUACUUAUGUAGAGUCUCAACACCCAUACGAUGUCUGCGAAGUAAUUUCUACUAAAGUUAGUAUUCUAUACAGUUAAGUGAUAGAAAAUGGUAACGAUUCUUACAUGAAAUAUAUAUCAGAAUGUGUACCAGAAGCUUCUGAAAAUUAGUUAUUAAGAUAAAGAAGACUGAUUUAUCUCAAACCAAAAAUUAAAACAAUAAAUUAUGUCUGAACUGUAUUAUUUGAUAAGAUUAUUAAUAAUUUAACUGAAAAUUAUUGUAUAAAUGUUGAACUUAGCCACAAAUUUAAUAAUAUUAUAUUAACACGUUCACGACCACAGCCAAAUUGUGUAUUCUUAUAAAAAACCGCAAUAUAAAUUUUAUAAUUUAUAAUUUGAAUUUUAUAAUUUUGCAAAACCCAAUCUAGUGGAGCUAUUCAAAAACCAAUGAUACCAAGUGAUAAAGAAAAAUGUGUUGAAUAAAACCAUAAAAAAAACCACGUAUCAGGAAACCUUAUUUACUUCAAUAGUCGCAUGUCAACUAUAGUUGUCAUCAGUUAUUUUAAAGAUACCCUGUAUCAACAAUAGUUGAAAUGCGGUCGUGAAUGUGUUAAAAUUAAACCA